AUGGCUGGGAAGCCGAAACCUCUGAACGUGGAAGCGCCAGAAGCCGCGGAGGAGGCUGAAGGGCAAGCCAAGUCUUUGAAGACUGAAGACUUGCUGGCAAUGGUGAUAAAGCUGCAGAAAGAGGGAAGCCUGGAGCCACAGAUAGAGGACAUGAUUAACCGGAUUAAUGAGCGUCAGCAAGCAAAAAAGAAAUCCAGUGAGGAACUGAGAGACACCCGCACUCUCCAGGAGGCCCUGCAUAGGGAAUUAGACUCCUUGAAUGGAGAGAAGGUGCACCUAGAGGAGGUCUUGAGCAAAAAGCGAGAGGCACUGAGGAUCCUCCAGCUGCACUGCCAAGAGAAGGAAAGUGAGGCUCAGAGGUUGGAUGUCAAAGGAGAGCUGGAGGAUCUGAUGGGCCAGCACAAGGACCUCUGGGAAUUCCAUAUGCUGGAGCAGCGACUGGCCCGGGAGAUCCGUGACCUGGAGAGGAGCAAGGAGCAGCUGCUCUCGGAGGCCGGAACGGAGCUCCCGGGCGCCCGCGACGUGGAGGACCCGGAGCCGCCGGUGGCUGACCCUGAGGCCCCCUAG